AUGGACGGGGACGGGGAGGGGGAGGGGGAGGGCGCGUCCGCCCCACCGGGCGCUGCCGCCCUGCUGUACCUGCCGGACGGGUCGGCGCUGCCGCUGCCGCUGGAGCCGCCCCCGGGCCCCACGGCCGCGGAGCUGCUGCGCCGCCUGCAGGGGGCGCUGCGCCUGCCGCCCGCCGCGGGGGACGCGCUGGCGCUGUGGCUGGGGUCGGAACUGCUCGAGGUGCAGCUGAAGCCUCGGCACCGACCCCUGCGCCUGGUCCGGCACUGGCCGGAGCUGCUGCUGCGCUUCAGCCUCGGCUCGCCCGCGGCCAUCGCCCAAGAUGAGCCGUGUCUGCAGCUGCGCAGGAACGUGUUCUUCCCUAAGAGCCGCGAGCUGGAGCUGCAGGAGGAGGAGCUGCUCCGGUUGCUCUAUGAGGAGGCGAGGGAGCAGCUGAGGGGGGGUCGCUACCCCGUGGACCCUCCCGAGGCGGCCGAGCUGGGGGGGCUCAGCUGCCGCCUGCGCCUGGGGCCCUUCGAGCCCGGCCGGCACACGGAGCUCAGCCUGCGGCCGCUGCUGGGGGAGCUGCUGCCGCCGGGUCCUCCGGCCCGCUGGGGGGCGCUGUUCCGGCGCUCUCGCGAGCCGGGCCCCUCCCAGCGGCUGCUCGAGGCGUUCGCGCGUGCGCCGGGCCCCGAGGCGCCCCCUGAUGGGGGUCAGGGGGGCACUGUGGGUGACCCCCCCGUGCCCCCCCAGCACGUGCUGCUGUCCCUGACGUACCCCGAGCUGUGCUGGGAGCUGGUGGGGGCCGUGGGGCAGGACGGGGACCCUGAGGGGCAGGAUGGGGACUCCACAGAGCCCCCCCAGCUCUGGCUCGAGUUCGAUGGGGACCACGAGGGAGCCCCCGUGAACCGAUUGCUGCGGGUGUUCUCCCCCCAGGCAGAGCUGAUGAGCGCCCUCAUCGAGUGCUGCAUCGAGCUGGGCGGGGCGGCCCCGCCCCCCGAGAGCCAGGCCACGCCUCCCGAGGGUCAGACCACGCCUCCCGAGGGUCAAGCCACGCCCCCCGGCGCUGCUGCGGCCACGCCCCCCGAGCCGUCCCGGGGCGCCCCCUUGCGGCGGCAGAAGAGCGUGACCGAGCCCCGCCUGCAGCGGCUCGCGACCAUCGACUACGUGCGGGACGGGCAGGAGCUGCGGCGGGUGAAGCCCCCCCGGCGCUCGGUGUCCUUCUUCAUUCGGGGGGGCGCCGGGGGCGGCUCCUACAGCCCCGUGGCGGGGGGCACAGGGGGGGCCGGGCCCGAGCAGGGCUGA